GUCCCCCCAUCCACCCAAUAUAGUGGACUUCCCAUGCAAAUGGCAACUGGUUUAACUCGUACUCGGUAAUUGUAUUCAAAUCGGAGACCACUACUUACCUGCCCAGCACACAGCCUGUCCAGUGACCUAGCUGUCUUCAAAGCGAGCGCUACGGUGUAAAUCCAGGCAAGCAACAGAAGUUGUGUAUAACUGACAACAGUGAAGAUACGACAAUGGCUGACAAGAACCUUCUGGUGGCGAAGGCCAGGAUGACGGAACAAGCGGAACGCUGGGACGACAUGGUGUUGUGUAUGAAGGAGCUGGUGGAGCUGGACGUGGUCCUGACUGAGGAGGAGAGGAACCUGCUGUCCUCGGCCUACAAGAACACGGUGGGGGCCCGGAGGAACGCCUGGCGGGUCCUUACGGAAAUGGAGCAGAGGACGACUGACAAAGGAAGAGAUAACAUUGAAUUGGCGAAGGGCUCACGGGAGAAAGUGGAGACCGAGUUGAAGGAGAUGUGCGGCGACGUCGUGUCGCUGCUCGACAAGUUCCUCAUCCCCAGAGCCGACACGGCGGAGAGCGAAGUCUUCUACUGGAAGAUGAAGGGAGACUACUUUCGGUACCAGGCGGAAAUCAGCAAGGGCGACGAAGAGGGCAUGGUGACGAAGGGCAAGAAGGUCCUGGAGUCCUACUGUAAUGCUCAGGAGAAGGCUGCCCAGCUGCCCACAACACACCCCUUACGACUAAGAUUGGCGCUAAACUUAUCAGAGUUCCACUACGAGAUCGGGAACCCUGAAGUAGCGUGCCGGCUGGCGAGGGAAGCUUUCGAUGCCGCGAUACCGGAGAUGGACGGCCUGUAUGAAGAGUCAACGUACAAAGACACCGAGCUCGUCAUGCAGCUACUUCGGGAUAACCUCACGCUUUGGUCGACCGAGGUUGAAGACAAACGGGAGUACUAGAUUACCCUCUCCUCACAUUUCAAACGCAUUUGACACCUAGUCGGUUUAUACCUUCUUGUAUAUCAUGUUGAGUCCGAAUGUUAACUUUUGGUUUACCUUUUAUACCUAUGAACCAUCCCAAGAACACCCUAUGCUUGCUCUCACACGACGAUCGUUCAAUUUUGCCCAUCAUAAUAGUACAUAUAUAUGUAUAAGUAUCUAUAAUGGUAUAAACUUUUGUGGUGUAAUGUUGAUUUAACAGGAAUGUGCUUGGUUUUGGUGUUGAGUACGAAAUGUUGGUGUUUAGCCCGAGAGAAUGUUUUCAAUAAAGCGUUCUUUUCUGAUAUUUUAGUAAGACCAGUUUUACGAGGUACUGGGUCUGUUUUACACAGAGAGGGGGGGGGGGGUACAGGAUCUGUUAAACAGAGAGAGAGAGUUCCCUUUGUGGUGUAAUGUUCAUUAUCGGGAAGCUACUUGGUUUUGGUGUCCAGUCGGAAAAGUUGGUGUGUAGCCCGGGAGAAAGUUAUCAAUAAAGCGUUCUCUUCAGAUACAA